AUGCCAAAGAUUGAUGAAUCGAUUUCACAAGAAUCCAAACCAUAUGAUAAACCCAAUACUUCACCCAAAAAGACAAAACAGAUCACAUUGAAUUAUCCAACUAUCAGAACUCAAUCUCUUGGUCACUCAAGUGGAAAGAAGAACAAAUACGAUAAGAAUCUAUUGGUAACUUUAUUCCUCAAAAGCUCGAAAGAGGUUAAUUGGACUGAAUUGGGUAAGGAUAUAGGCAAAACACCUAUUCAAUGUAAAGAUGUUUGGCGGGAAAUGAAGAUAGCUACGUUGAUGAUGGUAUUGAAUUCAUGUAAUCCAGAUUGGGAGUUUAUCGCAGCAUCAUUUCCAGGUAGAACCAAAUCCCAGCUUUACGAUGUAUGGAGGAAAGUUAUUUUACCGAGACUCAAGAGGGGCGAUACCAUCGAAUAA